CAUUGCUGAUGUGUGACAUCUAUCCACGACUGAACCCAAACAAAACAUUUGUUACAAUUAUGUGAUUUCGGAAAGAAACGUCAUUUAAUUCAGUGAUGGAGAUUUCGGCUUUUCUUUUGUUGACACUGGUAUUCGUCUUGACUGAAGUUGUAAACCUCGCUAAAGGAUACGAGUGCCCUAGAAUCACCUACAGAAGGGACAGCUUUGGAUUUAUUUACAAAUUACGAACUUACGUUCAUUGUGAACAUGGCUGCUGUGGACAAAGGGGAGACUACUGCUGUACAGCUCCAAUCACCACAACAGAAAAACCUAUCUACAAUGACAACACCAGUUUGUACCUUGGAGUCGUGUCUGGUACUGUUCUAGCGAUCGUGUUUAUUAUCUCCGUUACUUGCUGCUGUAUCAGCAAAUACAACAAGAAAAAUGUGACUGUUGGCGUCGACCCUCGCCGGUCAGAUGGAUCUCGAGCAGGAGUUUUGACAGUUCAGGAUCUUGAAGACAGAGUUAUGUCCCCUCCACCUGCAUAUGAACAUACCGUCUCCACAGCUGCCCCGCGUUCAGCACCACGUGACCCUUCCGUCAGAUAUACCAGGACCAGUGGAAAGUUGUUCACAUCCACAUAAAAAAAACUACACUUUUUUGGACAGAUUUUGAUCUAGCUUAUUUGAGAGAUGGGUAUACGAGAUAACUGCAUAUUAGAUUUGCUUCAACGUUUAAUCUUUUUAUCAUUUAUUUAAAAGCUUAUUUUCAUUUUAAUUACGGUGUAUUGAAGUGCAUGCUCAUAAAUUUAUGCAGGGUAAUUUAAAUUUAAUCGUUCUAGUAUCUUACACGUAGUAACAUGUACAGGUAAAUUUAAAGUUGACUCUAUUAUUCAAAAUUUGUUCACCAAAGCAGUUGGUUUUCUUUUUAUUUGUAUGUACUUAAGAUUCCAUGUACUUAAUUAUUUACAUGCAUGCAUUUGCAGGUUAGGACAUGCAUGCAUGUAAAGUGCAAGGUUUUAAAUGCAAUGAAUAUAAUUAUACAUGUAAAGUGCAUGUAUUUUUGGAAUUUUUUUUUUAGGUCUGUUUUAAAUAUGUUUUGCCUUAACACAUCUAUUUUUGAAAAUAUCUUGCCUACUUAAACAUCUUAGCUUAUCCACACUACUCAGUGUCAAGUGCUUUAUUUUGUGUAUAUGCUUCUUUUUCCUGAUCUAUAUUAUGUUUCUUUUCUAUGUUAAUAUUAGGCCUCCUGUAUGACAAAUGAACUUAAUGUCAUGUUUUGUUAAGGUUACAACUAGAGCAAGGCGAUAUUGUUAUCAUGUUACUUAUGUAGUGUGUCAAAAACAUGAAUUUGAUAAUCUGAAUAAAAUUUUAUAUCUUUG